AGCACAAUUUCAAAUUUGGAGUGGAGAGCACAGUGGCGCUUUAUGAGUUGAAUUGAACGACACCAACGUGGGAUAUACAACAGUCGUUCGUUAAUUUAAACCCAUUUUAUGUUUCUUUGUUUACCACCAAUAUCACCACUAACACAAAUUUCCAACAUCAACAUGUCAGAGAAGAACAAGAACAAGAACAAGAACACAAGGAGUUACGUUAAUGGGGUCAACAAAAAGACACGAACUUUGGUGAAAACAGAAGACAUAGAAGACGCAGUGUCAUUCUUCUCCAAAGAUGAAACCCAUAAACUUAGAUCAGUUCUAUUGGAUUGGUAUGAUAACAACCAUAGGGUUCUUCCUUGGAGAACAACCUUGAAUGAUAACAAUGAAGAAGUAAUUGAAAAGAGGGCUUAUGGUGUUUGGGUUUCUGAGGUUAUGUUACAGCAAACAAGGGUUCAGACUGUUAUUGCUUAUUAUAACCGUUGGAUGCUUAAAUGGCCUACUAUUCAUCAUCUAGCAAAGGCUUCUCUUGAGGAAGUGAAUGAGAUUUGGGCUGGUUUGGGUUACUAUCGGAGAGCUCGUUUUCUUUUAGAGGGGGCAAAGAAAAUAGUUGCAGAAGGAGGAAGUAUUCCUAAAACAGCUUCUAUGCUACGAAAGAUUCCUGGAAUCGGAGACUAUACAUCUGGAGCAAUUGCCUCUAUAGCAUUCAAAGAGGCGGUACCUGUUGUUGAUGGAAAUGUGAUAAGGGUGAUUGCGAGACUAAGGGCUGUUACUGAAAAUCCAAAAGACUCGGCAAUCAUUAAGAGAUUUUGGGAAAUAGCAGCUCAGUUGGUCGAUCCGCUUCGUCCUGGUGACUUCAAUCAGGCUCUCAUGGAACUUGGUGCAACUGUAUGCACCCCUUUGAACCCUAGCUGUUCGUCAUGUCCAGCAACAGAAUUUUGUCAUGCGUUAUCAAUCGCUAAACGUGAUAGUACAGCAGCGGUUACGGAUUAUCCUGUUAAGGGUGUGAAGGUUAAACAAAGAUCCGAUUUUUGUGCUGUAUGUGUUGUUGAAUUACUUGGACGUGAAACAUUGUUAGACAAUAACAAUUCUAGCAGCAAAUUUGUUCUGGUAAAAAGGCCCGAUGGAGGAUUGCUUGCCGGUCUAUGGGAGUUUCCGUCUGUCUUAAUAGACGAAGAAACUACUCCACUAGCUAGAAGAAAAGCAACCAAUUGCUUCUUGAAAAAAAAUCUCAAAAUUGACAUAAAAAAGACUUGCGAUGUUGUUUCGAGGGAAGAUGUCGGAGAAUUUGUUCAUAUAUUUAGUCACAUUCGCCUCAAGUUGUAUGUUGAGUUGCUAGUAUUGCAAUUGAAAGGGAAAGUUGAUAAUUUGGUCAAAAGCGAUGACGAUGAAACUAUAACUUGGAAAUGUGUUGACAGUGAUGCCCUCUCGAGUAUGGGACUGACAACCAGUGUAAGAAAGGUGUACGACAUGGUUCAAAAAUUUAAGAAGAAACGAGUUCCUUCUAACUAUGUACCAACCAAAAAGAGAAAUAGAACAACCAAGAAAAACUAGCUUGGAUGAAUCAAAUUGACUGCAUUGUACAAUACUGCAAAUCAAUUUGCUGCUACAUAACACUUCUUGCAUUUUAUUCUUAGUAGACUGCAAGGUAUUUUACAACAUUUGAUGUGAUGCUUUUUGGUAUGCAUGGCAAGCUGUGGUAUGUAAGGUUCCCAAUAUUUUUGGCAUGUUAUGUUUCUUUGUAACUGAGGUACCAAUAUAUUUUGAUUUUGUAUUGGACAAAGUUAGUAGGAAAUUAAGAGGACAAAAAACAUGUAUUAUGUAUUUAUUUGAUUAAUCAUGUGUUAGUUGCAAAAUUUCCCA